GCCACCUUGGUCCUUGUCUCUUGCUCGUGCCUCUCUCUGAGAUCGACUUGCACCUGUCUCAACUUCAAUCGAUUACUGACUCUCCUGUAUCAACUUCUUUUGGUUUGACAAGAUGGUCAAGAAUCGCAAGGGAAAAGCCAAGACUCAGAACACUAGCAAGCAGUCCUCCCCCUCUGGGCUCCUGGAGCUCUCUGAGGACGAACAAUGGCGCAUUUUGAACGAGACUGGCAUUCUGAAGAAAUACCCACGAAGCUCGGAGAAUAAUGCUGAAGCUGAGGCAGUGGAUUCUCCAGGGCUCGCAGACGAGGUCUUCAAUGCCACGCUCUUCAUAAUACCGAUGUCCUUUAUGCUGCUCUUGUUUGAGAUUCUAGUACAUUGGCAAUAUGGCCAGAGACCUACGUUUCGAACUUUGAUGGAUAGGAUGCUCCCAGGGGUUCCAAUCAUCUCUAUUUUUGUGUUCUAUACCAAUCGCUAUAAGCGACGUCGAGAAAUGCAAUUCUGCUUUUUCCUCGUGACCCUGAUCCUGGGCCCGCGGCUCAUUUGGCUCAUCAACAUGGCUAAUUGGCGUACUGUCAUGAAACAAUGUCCACCAGCAGCAACUCUGUGGAUAUACGCCGUGCUACAGAUGGAACUGGCGCCAUCUGUCAUAAGUCUAGUGCUAAUUGCAUUGUGGACGUGGUUAUCCAAGAUGAGGAUAUUAUUUUGACGCGGUGGCAGUGGACGUGAAGUCACUGUCGACCUCGACAUUUUAUUAUGACAAGCUGAUGUUUUCGCGUCUACGGAAUUACAUACUGAAGUGCUUACCGAACUCUUCAUUAAUAUAUGCAAAUGAAGUCACGGACUACGUGGAUGCACAGUAGACUAAGCU